GCUGCAGAUUUCCCCAGCACGUUGUUCCCAGCGGGGGUGGGGAAGGAGCGGGCUCCUGGCCGAUCGGAAGCAGCUGAUUCCCCCACCCCGCGCCUGCUGGUUUUGCGGAUGGAAUUGAAGGCGGGGUGCUGAAGUUGCCGAAGCCUGCCUGGAUCCUCCCCUCCGCCCCUCUGACAAACCAUGCGGGAUCUAGCGAUCGAGAUCGGGAUACGAGUUCUGCUCUUCGGUGUCUUCGUUUUUACAGAGUUUUUGGAUCCAUUCCAGAGAGUUAUCCAGCCAGAAGAAAUCUGGCUUUAUAAAAAUCCUUUGGUACAAUCAGACAACAUACCUACACGCCUCAUGUUUGCAAUUUCAUUCCUCACGCCACUGGCUGUCAUUUUUGUGGUGAAAAUAAUCCGGCGGACAGACAAGACUGAAAUUAAAGAAGCCUUCCUAGCUGUUUCCUUGGCUCUCGCUCUGAAUGGAGUCUGCACAAAUACUAUUAAAUUAAUAGUGGGGAGACCUCGUCCCGAUUUCUUUUACCGCUGCUUUCCAGAUGGAGUAAUGAACUCUGAAAUGCACUGCACAGGUGAUCCAGAUCUGGUGUCCGAAGGCAGAAAGAGUUUUCCCAGUAUCCACUCUUCCUUUGCAUUUUCAGGCCUUGGCUUUACGACCUUCUACUUAGCUGGAAAGUUGCACUGCUUCACUGAAAAUGGCCGAGGGAAAAGCUGGCGGCUUUGUGCAGCAAUUCUGCCUCUGUAUUGUGCCAUGAUGAUUGCCCUGUCACGCAUGUGUGAUUACAAGCAUCAUUGGCAAGAUGCUUUUGUCGGAGGAAUCAUUGGCCUAAUUUUCGCUUAUAUUUGCUACAGACAGCACUACCCACCUUUGGGUAACAUGGCUUGCCAUAAACCUUACGUCAGCCUCCUAGUUCAGACCUCAACGAAGAAAGAAGAGAGACCUACAGCAGAUAAUGCUACCGGCCUGCCUCUAGAGGGAAUAACUGAAGGACCAGUAUGACUAAUAAAUGUGCACAAUGAACUUUUAGCCCUUCUCACAUUCCUCCCAACUGGUCUCUUAACAUGAUGUUUCCUACAGUACAUUUGGGCAGUGAUUUUUUUUUAAAAGAUAUUCGUUUUCAUACAGUAACAUCCUCUUACUUUUAAGGUUCAGUUUUCAAUACAUACUGUUUUGUCCAGCUGUCUGUUUUCAGUCCGUUACCAGAGCAAAAAAAAAUCCAGAGAGGAAAAAAGUGUCAAUAGAGAGAACAUGCCAAAUCCAAGCUAGUUAACUGAAUAGUUUUGAAAGAGAGGUAUUUGAAUAUACAGUCAAUCUGAAAACAGUGGAUGUUGUGUGAUGCUGAGCGCCUCCUAGGAAAUAGAUUGUCCUUAACCAUCGGUGACUUCAGUAGGUGUUGAGUGCGGUCAUCACUAUCAGGAGGUUUUCAGCAACUGCCAUAUUCAGCCCUUGGUCUGUUUCUUUAUGUAAUUUGAUGUAUAAGGGGCAACCUCCUUAUGUUUAUGUUGUGGUCUUCUAACAUAAUAAAUCUUCCACAUGAUGUGAAUGCUUUGUGCUAGUUGUCAAGUUUUGGCAGGGUUAUUCUGAGCUGGUAAUUAAACAGUUGCUGAAAUGUAUGAAGAG